AUGCCAAGCAAAAAGGUCAUCAAGAAGAAAGUCGCCGCUGUUCCAGCGCACAUCCGCGCUCAAACUCAAGUCCAAAAGGAGGUGAAGAACCCACUUUUCGAGAAGAGACCGCGCAACUUCAACAUCGGACAAGACAUCCAGCCAAAGAGAGAUGUUACCCGCUUCGUCAAGUGGCCUAAAUACAUCCGUCUUCAACGUCAAUCGGCUAUUCUCCAGAAGCGCCUGAAG